CUGGGUGACGUCACGGCUUUCGAAGCGUAAAAUAAUUUACCGCUACCGCCUCCUCCGCAUCAGAUAUACAAGCCAUUUGAACCACACAGGGUCAUAGAACAAGAUAGUCUUUCUUCCUUGGUAUAUGCAUCAAUAUAUUGUGCCUAUUGAAUAAGAUACUGGAGGUCGUUUUGAGUCCUGUUGAGCGUUUCAUGUCAAAAAGAGCCAUCAUGUGACUAGAAGUGGCUUAAAUGUUCAUCCGUGAGUCAAUUGGAUUUGACAACCAGACCCAAUCCUCCGCCUCGUCGUUCCCACUGAAGAUCUCGAAAUGUCCAGCCGUCCGUCCACUUGGAACGUUCCCGCCUCAAAAGUUGCGAAGAGAGCGCAUAAUCCUAUUCGUCAAAUUGUCGAUAAGCUGAAAAUUGAUCCCAACGCUCAAAAGCAAUUGAUUAGUUUAGCAUUGGGUGAUCCUACUGUGUUCGGAAACUUUAAUGUCGAUGAUAGCUGUAACGAGUCAGUCAUAAAGCACUUGCAAUCAUUCAAAGCAAAUGGAUAUCCGCCUGCACAUGGAACUGAGCAAGCGAGAGCUGCAGUUGCAGAAAAAUUCAACCAUCCCGACGCUCCACUGACGUCUCGCGAUGUUAUCUUGGCCAAUGGCUGUUCUGGUGCCUUGGAUCUCGCUAUCAAUGCCUUGUGUUCUGAAGGUCAAAAUAUGUUGAUCCCACGACCUGGCUUCUCCCUGUACGAUAACUUGGCUGUCAGCAGAUUUAUCGAACCCAGAUUCUAUAACCUUGUGCCGGAGCGUAGCUGGGAAGCCGAUCUUGAUCACCUAGAGUCUUUGAUUGACGAGAACACUGCCUGCAUACUGGUCAACAACCCCUCUAACCCAUGUGGUUCAGUUUACACUGAACAGCAUUUGCGGGACAUUUUGGCUCUUGCUGAGAAACACCAUUUGCCCAUUAUUGCUGACGAAAUCUACUGUGAUCUAGUUUUUGAGGGCAACACCUUCUAUCCCAUGGCCACUUUGACCAAAGAAGUACCCAUUUUGUCCGUCGGUGGGCUGGCCAAAAAGUAUUUGGUACCUGGAUGGAGAGUUGGAUGGGUUACUGUGCACGAUCGUAAUGGUAUUUUCCGCGAGGUUCAUGAAGGCAUCUUGAGCUUGUCACAACUGAUUUUGGGACCCUGUUCUGUCAUUCAGUGCGCAUUGCCAGAUAUUCUUCACAACACCCCACAGGCCUUCCAUGAUAAGACAAUUGCUCAACUUGAGCACAAUACAAAGGUCAGCGUUGAGGGUAUAUCUAAGAUCCCAGGUUUGACAGCUGUCAUUCCACAAGGAGCUAUGUAUAUGAUGGUCGGAGUCAACGUCUCCGAAUUUAAAGACAUAUCCGACGAUGUUGACUUCACUCAGAAGCUAGUGGCAGAAGAAAAUGUUCUGUGCCUGCCAGGACAGUGCUUUGGUUAUCCCAACUUCUUCCGUAUUGUAAUCACUCCUCCUGCUGAUCGUUUGGAGGAAGCCUACAGUAGAAUGAAGGAAUUUUGUGCUAGACAUCAUAUUUGAUACAAAAAAUAAAAGAAAACCAGAACUCGGUUCAGUAUUGGUUCACCGGAACCGUUCGGAAAUCGACGGCACCCCGGUCGUAACAAAAUCUAAGCCACCCAU